GAAUUGUGCUUGCUGUGUGAAGAUCGCAGCUUGUCAGUCGACUCUCGACCGUCUUAGAGCGAAGACGUACACGAGCGUGUAAUGAAGUAAAAAUAAAAUUGAUAAUAAAAAGAAAAACAAUGAAAGGACCGAUCGUAGGGAAAAUAAAUGUUUUUUACAAAAGUGCAAUUUCUUUUUUCUAUAAUUUAUAGUCGAAUAAAUUGAGAUAAUAAAAAAAGUGAAAUUAUCUGACACAAGUGUCACGUGGGUUAUUUGAAAAAAUAAGAAUACUGUAUUAGCUCCUCGCUGAUUUUUCUGUGAUAAAGAUUGUAUGGACGAGAAAAAUAUUGUUUACCAGGGUCUAAGAGUUGUUUUGAAAAUUUAUUUUAAAUAAGGUUGAUCUUUCUCACGAUCCUGCACCAUAUAAAAAGUGUAUCAAUCCGUUGAUCUUGAAUGACUAAGGUAUCAUAGAUUUCGUAAUUGCCUGACGUCGACCUUACGCGAUUUCCCACGAUGCAUCGGUACGCGUGAGCUAAGCAGGCGUCGUGCAAGUCGCCAUGACCUUGUGAGCGUGUAAACAGGUAAACGCAUAAACAUUAUUUGUGCUGGACUCUCCUACGUAAGCUGUUGGUAAUACGCGGGAUUUUGCUGCUGGGAAUGUCAUAUUUAAAUUUUCGUAAUGCCUGGAAGUAACUGCCAGACAGUUUGGCGCGCGAUUCAAAGUUGAAGAGAAAUUUGCAGAGCUGUUUAUACCUUUAUUUCUGGAGAGUAAUCAUGCCAGAUCAAAGGAGUGCUUAACGUUAAUUAAGCGUGCUGAGAAAAAGGGGACUGCGAAGAUUUGGAGAGAAAAAAAAGAAGAAGAAUGGCGUCCAUAUGCGGCAGCAGCAAGAGUCAUCCUGGGUUGACGACAAGCAGUUUCUACAGGCCUGGCGCUUAUCCUUAUCAGAGCGAAUAUUAUCUUCCGCCAAGAUCAGCAUGGUCAAGGGUGCCACCGCCGAAAACGAAUAAGGCUAAUUCAAAAUGGAAAAUUGGCAGUGCUAUGUUAAUAAUAUCUGCUAUGCUUGUUCUGGUCGCUGUUCUUGCUAUAGCGGGAUUAGCAUUAUGGAUGGGAGCUCUGCGUACGGAUUCGAAAGAUGCCGUCAUUGGCUUCACUUGCAGCUUCAGAAUAGUAAGGGGGGAACGUUACAAUCCAAUGUUGAAGCUGAACACGAGUAUGGUGUUUCGUGAAAAAGAAAGAAAAUACAAAAAUAUUUUCGAACUUCUAUUUCGAAGAAGUAUCAUUGGCGCGUCGUACAAACAGACGGUAAUUGACAAAUUUGAAAAUGGUACCUUGAAAGUCUUCUUCAGACUGUACUUGGACCGAAGGAAGAUACCACGAUCAAUUACGAAUGUCGAAGACGUCAUUGAAGACAUAAUCGUCAAGGAGACGUACUCCACUACGUCGUUAUUCAAAACUAUGGAGCUGGAUCUGAAUUCGAUAUCUAUAAAAAGAAUUAAUCCGGAUGCUGAAAAUAGUCAGAAGGUCGGACAGCAGAGAAAUACGAUGAUUACAAAAAAUGGACUCUUACGAACGAAUAGAAACAAUUCUCUGGUAACAAGUUCAAAGCCAAAAAUGAAGCCUGUUAAGAUGGAGCCAAACGAAGCGGAAAUAGAUUUCACAAAUAUUCCGACCAUUCAAGGGACUUAUAUGGCUACGAAAAUUAACGAAACUGUUACCAAGGAGCCGAAGAUUGCCGAAACUAGCCGAACAACAAUUACAAGUACUUCGACGGUCGCCAUAACGGAAUUGCCGGUAAUUGACACUACGGUACCGUAUUUUUCGAAAACUAGUGAAAAAUUGGCAGUCACCAAAUCCAAUUAUCGUACAAGUACUGUUUUGGGCGAAACUACGACUGAAAAAAUUGUUGACGAUUUAUUUAAGGACUUCGUAAAUCCAGAUUUUGAAACUUCACCAUGGCGUCCAAUUAUACCGGGAUACAUUAAUACCGGAUCAAAAUUACACCCGGAAAGAACAAAACCAUCUUCUCAAUUGGAUUCCAUAAUUUCUGAUGUACCAAUUAUCGAAUCGGAUUCCGUUAAAAAAGAUGGGAAAGUAUCUUCGUCAAAAAUUCCGGAUGACACGAAAAAAGUGGAUGAAAAAAUUGAAGAAAAGGUUACCGUCAAAAGUACAGUCACUACCAACAUUCCUGAAUUCCACGAUUUCGCUAUUGCUCUACCCGAUUCCGGUAUAGUCAGCGUCGAAGAUACGGAUUUCCCACAGGACAGAAUCGUGCCUCAAGAGAUGGUGAACUUCCGGGUGAACAGUAAAUUCAAGAAUAAGAUACCGGAAGUUGAAGAACAGGUGACGAAUUUUAAUCGGCAAGAAACCGACAACAUCAAGCAUAACGUAGACUUAGAAGUUGCCGGACAAAUUCCACAGGAAACGUAUAACGUCCACUUGAGCACGAUUUCCGGUUUUGGAAAGAUCGAUAGCAGUUUACUAGAAUCCAAAAUAAACGACAAGAAAAUUACGUCCACAUUUACCACAAAGACAGUUCCACGAUUUACAGAGAGACCUGAAGUACAGAAUUUUGAGAUAAAGCAAAAAAACGGUACUCCAGAAUUUCCAACGAUCUUCUCCUUACCCACACUGGCGAUCACAACGCCAUCUGCUACUAUUAAACCAAUAUUUCCAAAUUACAAAGAAUCUUCAUCUACCGUUCCCCCAAAUUUAAAAAUUUCCGGUGUGGGCAUAGCCGAGCCAAUUCUUGACACUGAAAUUGAACUCGAGGGCCGAAAUCGGUUUUCUGAAACCGAAGCGAUCAUCGAAUCGGCCGAUGGCAUGCAGGAUCGAAAGGUUGAUCAGUUUCAACCAAUUUACACGAGUUACAGAACACCAGAUUUAAACGGCGCUGCCAAGCCUAGCCUUCUCGAAAAUCCAGGAACGUUAAAACCUUUUAGACACACUAUACCAUUUGAUAAAAUUGCAUCAGCUAUUGAUAACGAAGAUGAUAAUUUCGAGCCUGCAAUCGUGCUUCAGCCUUUCAGCAAUACUAAUACAACGCAAAAAGCAAUAAUAGAUACUGAAAAAAGCAAAAGAGAUAACGAAAAACCGAAAAAUGAUAAAGACCCCAAAAUUGAAAUUCCGAAAACAAAAAUAACUUCAAGUUCCGAUAAUCUUAAAGAAAAACUUAAUCUUAUCCAAUCGAACAUCACUGAAGAAUUUACGACGUUAGAAUCGGAAAAAACAGAAAAUACGAAAAAAAUAGAAAAUUUGGUAAAUACUUCGACACCGUCAUACAAGAAGGUACAGAUAGAGCUGAAGUACCAUGAACCGAUAACAGCAGACUCUGGUGAAAGCACAGAAAGCCUUAUCAGAAACCCAGAAACGCCACUGAAAAGUGCUAAGAUAGAAUUAUCAGAACAGCACAAGCCAAUCACGAAUAAGCAUACCGCCGUGAUAGAUGACGAAAAGAUGUUAAAAUUAACGACAACAGAAUUGUACUCGGAGAUACUUCAUCCGCAUCAAAACAAUAUUGAAAAAUUGACAGCUACCGAGCCAAGUAUUGAUUCUCAACCAGCGAAACUGACUGCGACGUCAUUGAGAAAUUUGACUUUUGUUGAAAUCGAUACAGUCAAACAUACACCAGGCGAAGUAAAGGAAUCUGUUUAUGAGUUACCGGAAGUCAAUGGUACUAGUUCAGUUUCGGCCAAUGAAACUUCAAAGAAGAUUUACAACGACACUCUCAAGGCUAAUGUUGUCCAGGAUCUGGUGACGUUGGCACCCGCCAAAAGUAACACUGGAGUAGGUAGACCCGUAAGACCAAGACCGAAACCUGAUGAACUGAAGAAUUUGAGGAAAAAUAUAAAGAAUAAUAAUACCGUGCAUCAUCAGAGUUCAUCAAUGAAAAAUACUGAUAGCGUCCUACUUGAACAGCUUUUCUCUCUUCAGAACGACAGAAAGGAUCCAGUGAGGCGUGACUCUGCCGAUCAAGAAAAAGAAUUAUUGAAGGAACAAAUUCCAGUAUCGGAUUUUGAACAAAUAGUCGAGGUUGUCACGUCUAUAAGUACUAAAAUUUCAUCGAAUGUCAAUGACAAAGUUCUUAUGAAGUUGGUCGUUAGUAACACAACCUCUAUACCAGUUAUUAAUACUGUGUCGCAUUCGAAUGUUAAUAAGUUUGAAUUUCCCGCCGUAAAUCGAGGAUCAGAAAUUAAUCAUGGUUUCGAUGAAAUUGAUGAUUUAUCUCGGGAGGAGGGUGUUACCGCUGUCGAUAAAGAAGAAAUAAUUGACAGCGAAGUGGAGGAAAUUGUCAAUACGACAAAACACAUUGUUUGGACCGAACAAAAAGCUCCACUUAUAUCGGCUGACCUUAGAAAGACAACACAGACGUCAGAUAGAAAAAUUUCAAAUUCGGAACGAGAUCAGAUGCUUUUGGAAAAAUUGAAAGAAUUCGCGGAAGUCAGAACAGAUGAUGAUAUAGGUAUGGUAAAUACGAAAAAUAAAAAUGGCAACAAUGGCAUCCAUUUUCAAAAUAUAUCUGACACUCAGAUUCGUAAUCAAAGUACAGACUCGUAUCAGACUUUACCGAAUUUUGAGGAUUUGAAAAAAAUUGCUGAUAUUUCGACUGGAAAUGAAACAGCUCUUAAAAAUACUACUUCGAAUUUUACGUUCAGUCGUGACGGUGUUCAAAUUUUUACAAAAGUCUUCAACAAAGCAGACGAACGGGUUGAUAAGAUGAUAUCAACUACCGAAGAAAAUAGGUUGAAGAAUAGCCAAAAAUGCAUCGGUUUUCAAUGCAACGACGGUCUGUGUUUACCGUCAGGUGCACGAUGCAAUAUGCUCCGAGAAUGUCAAAAUUCGGAAGACGAGCUCAAUUGCAGUUGUGCAGAUUUCUUAAAAGCCCAACUGCUUAAUCACAAAAUAUGUGACGGAAUUGCCGAUUGUUGGGAUUACUCUGACGAGACUGACUGCGAUUGGUGUCAACAUGGGCAUUUUGUUUGUGGCAAUAGCAGAUCGUGCAUCGAGCACAGCAAAGUUUGUGAUGGAUUCCGUGACUGUCCUGGUGGUGAAGAUGAAAAAAAAUGUGCAGCCUUAAUAGAAGAUAACGAGCAACAAUCCUAUGAAGGCUACAAUCCUAGUCUCAAAAAAAACAAUACAGAUUUAUUGUCAAAAGAAAUGCUUAACGAUGAAGAAAUAGCAGUUAAAGAACCAAACCCAAAUUCUGAUAUAGAUCAGAUUGAAGUUGAUCAAGAAGCAGUUGAGUCAUCAAUUUUGGAAACGACGACAUUUCGAAUAAUUGUAAAUGACGGUACUGGGGAUCACGUAUCGGCAGAAAUUUCCGACCAAAAAACGGAAGCUGAUCGAUCAAGACCAAAGGAGUUGGCUGCUUAUACCCAAAUGAAAACUAAAAAUAAUCCUGAAAUGGCGCUCGUCUCCGGUCGAGAAAUUUCAUCUGGUUCAAAGGAUAACGUGGUCCAUGAGAAUGCAUAUAUCGCAGGGACUGAUCUUAAUAUCCAUUCUGCAAACCGGAAGGAAGUGAACAGUUAUAGCGACCGAGGAUUUUUGAGUGUUCGUAAAAAUGGUCAAUGGGGUAAACUUUGUUUAGGCGGUAUGAAUAAUUUGCUUCAGGAACGUCAAGCAAUCUGGACCAUUGAAGAUCUGGGACGUGCUGUAUGCAAAGCCAUUACUUACCAGGACUACGAGAGAGUCGAAAAAGUAACCGAAGAAAAUCCGAAGCCAAAUCGACUUUACUAUAGUCUCUCUUACAGUGAAAAAUUCACUGAUAAAACCAGCUUAACAUUUAAAUCUUCAGAUUGUCCUAGUGGCGAAGUCUUGCGAGUCAAGUGCAAGAAUCUUGAGUGCGGAAUUAGAACCCAAGUCCCGACUCAGGCCAGAUGGCCUUUUUCGCGACGUUCCAGGAUUGUCGGUGGCGGAAGUUCGUCAGCUGGUAGUUGGCCUUGGCAGGUGGCACUUUACAAGGAAGGCGAUUAUCAGUGCGGAGGUGCAUUAAUUAAUGAUAAAUGGAUCGUAUCAGCUGCUCAUUGUUUCUAUCAUGCUCAAAGCGAAUAUUGGGUGGCGAGAAUAGGCACAACGCGCAGAGGAAGUUUUCCAAGUCCGCACGAACAACUUAUCAAAUUGGACCACAUUGCGCUUCAUCCCGAUUACGUAGAUAACGGUUUCAUAAAUGAUAUUGCGUUACUGAGACUUGAAAAGUCUGCAGCGUUCGGCGAUUACGUCAGGCCAAUUUGCCUACCGGAUGCGGAGCCGAAGAGCGGAACCACAUGCACUGUGACAGGAUGGGGUCAGCUUUUUGAAAUAGGACGAAUAUUUCCUGAUACACUGCAAGAAGUAGAACUUCCUGUUAUUUCGACGGAAGAUUGUCGCAGAAAAACACUUUUUUUGCCUCUCUACAAGAUCACAUCCGGUAUGCUCUGUGCAGGUUUAAAAGAUGGCGGAAGGGACGCCUGUCUAGGUGAUAGCGGUGGUCCGCUUGUCUGUGCAGAAUCUGACAAUAAAUAUACACUUCAAGGUAUCACGUCAAACGGUUAUGGCUGUGCAAGACCAGGAAGACCAGGUGUUUACACAAAAGUACAUCAUUAUCUACCAUGGAUCGAACGUAUCAUAUCAAAAAAUGAUAUUCAAAGUUCAGUAUCGUCUUGCAAGGGACACCGUUGUCCUUUGGGCGAGUGUUUACCAAAAUCCCGUAUAUGCAACGGAUUUUUGGAAUGUUCGGACGGAAGUGACGAAAGUGGAUGCAUUGGAAGUUAGAUUAUGUAAAGAGAAUUUCAAAAAUUGCUGUAGGAAGUGGCUCUUAAAAAAAAUUCUAUAUGACUAACGUCUAGAAAAGUAUUACCUUAGACGUUUAAAAAAACAAAGAAAAUAAAAAAAUAUUUAUAAAAAAAAGUAGUGGUAGACAAGUGUACAGACAUUUUUAUAGCAGCGUUCGUCUCGGAUAAAGAUUUUUAAAAAAUAAUUUACUA